CAGCACCAGACCUGAGAGGGCAUUUUUGUGUCUGCACCUGACUCCGGAGCCUUGGUGGCCUGCAGGAGCCUUCAGCAUGCACGAGCAAUGUCUUCCAGCUGCUGGGAUUCUCCUGGCUGCUUUCUUGGUGGUCUCAGCUUCUGUCCUGCCCCUUCCUUCUGCUCACAAAGACUCUGGCCAGCCUCCCUUGGCCCCUGGUGCAUCUGCUCUGCAAGUCAGCAAGAGGACACUUCUGGCACUAGGUGCCUUGGCAAAGCCCUCUGACGAAAUCUUUCCCUUGCUUGGUGGGGAAUUGGAAGCAUCUAAGAGAAGGGCAGAGGCAGAAGCACUCUCUGAGGGGGCCUCCAGGAAAAGGGCAGAAGCCCUCUCUCAGCAGACAGCGGGGGGCCAGGAGCUUCCUGAAGCCAUGUCCUUGGAUUCUCCCUCACACCAGCUGACCCGCUUGGGAACAACUAAAGUCUCAGGCAAGGCCACACCUGGCCCAGCCACCUCAGCGCUGACCAAGUCCCAGUCAGAAUCCUCAGUGACUGAACCUACAGACAAGACGUUGUCCUCUGGAUCUCUGAAGAUCACUGCCAUAUUACAGCCAUGGGCUUCGUCUGUCCAUGGGCCUGGGAAGAACUUUAAAGCCCCUGGCUCAUCUGUGACAGUCCAGGCUCCUACCUCUACAACCCUGAGGGCAUCUGCCACCCCUAGACCAAUUCAAGAGUCAUCCAGAGCACUCCUGGUCUCCAUCACCCCUGUACCCCUAGUUGAAACCCCACAAUCACUAGCCUGGCUCCCAGCCAGGCACAUCCCCAGUCCCAGUGUCCAGAUGCCAUCUGCUGUAACGACUGGCUUCAUUGGGCCAGAAGCCUCCCUGUCUCUGACAUUGGCACCAAGGGGCCCAGAGAAGGCAGUGUCCUCAGCGCCCCCAGGCCGACUUGAGUCUGCAUCAAUGGCUAGCACACAGCCAGCCACAGAGCCCCCUCCCCCUGCAGUCCCAGGGUGGUCAGGGCUGGACCCGACCUCCCCCACCCUCGCAGCAGGCUCAGGACCACCCCGAGCUGCUGUGACUUCUGGCCUGGGGCCCAGUGGUACCCUGGGGCUAUUGCCCUCAGCAGUGCCAUCCUUCUCCCCACAGCCCUCAGCAGCAUUGCCCCUAUCCCCCUCCCCAUCAGCCAUGUCUUUGUCACUGUCACUUUCCCUGCCACCAACAUCACCAUCCCCAGUCCUGGCCCCAGUUUCCUCUCUCACCACCAGAGUCGGAAGUCCUCCUGCCGGCUCUGAGUCUGCAUUGGUGCCCUCAACCCCAGACUCUUCCCUCACACCUGCCCUGCCACCCCUGAUGGUUCCACAGUCAGACACUCCUCAGGGGACAGUUCAGCCUGGGUGGAGAGUUUUUGCCAGCCCAGCCCCCACAGCCACCCUCUCCCUCUCAUCCUCCUCCAGUCUUCCCUCCACUGCCCCUAGCUCUGGCUCCCCAGGGGUCCCUGUGGGUGCUGACCCCACCCAGUCUUCUGCCCUGCCUCACCCUGGUCAGGCUGUCUCUUUGCAGGAUUCAAUGUCCUCCGCCCCAGAACCCCGUCACAUAACCCACUCUGUGACCUUCAGGAUCACCAGUGAAACCUUCUCGGCUGCACUGUGGAACCCUGUGUCCCUGGAGCACCGGCUGCUGAGUGGGCGCAUCCGGGACAAGCUGCAGUCCAUCUAUCACAAGGCCUUCCCCAGCUUCCAGGGUGCCCACGUCCUGGAGUUCAGGCCUGGCUCUGUAGCUGUGAAUGCCUCCCUUGUGUUUGGGGGCCAGCCUCCGGGCCCCUCGGCCCAGGAAAUCCUCUGGAUUUUGUACCGCCACGUGAAGGCCUCCAGGGGGAUGCUGGGGCACCUGUUCCUGGAUGAGAGCAGCCUCACUGCUUCAGGGUCCACCCUGACUGACCUGGCCCUGGAGACCAUCUGCAUCAGCUUCACUGCUAUGAGACCCUUCCUGCCCCAGCUUGUCCUGCCUGGUUCUGAUUCCUUUGCCCUGCUGGAGGAUCAGAUCCUCCAUCUGGUCACUCCUGUGGUGUCAAGAUUCUAUAAGGAACCUCCCCAGGAAGGCCCCCUACUCCUCUUCAGUAAUGUGAACCAAUGGGUGCGAGUUUACAUGGAGUAUAAGUUCCGGAACUCCAUUCCCACCCACCUCAGAGGCCUGGCCAAUCACCUGGCCCACAGCAUCAUGGAUCCCAUCCUCCAGAAAUCCAGCAUUGUGGCCAACGGGGAGAAGGCAGAGCUUGUGCUGUGUGAGAUGUGGCUGAAGAUCCUAAGCCAACCCUUCACCAAGGCCUUAAAGGACAAAACCAGUCCCGAGUCCCAGAAGCUUCGGCAGCAGCUAACAAGAUGGCUGACCAGGGGGCUCAGGCCUCUGCAGAACUUUGGCCAAGUGGUGGUGGAGGAGUUCCAACCAGAACCACUGACUGCCAAAGUAGGUGCCAUCUUCUUUGGCGCCACACCAGCCCAGGCCCUCAUUCAGGACAGCGUGCGCCAGGCUCUGUACCUCCUGUGGAAAGAUGAGGGCCUCUGGGGCGAGCUGGUCACGCUAGCCCUCGGCACCCCCAGCUCCGGAGGCUCCUGUCAGCCUGGCACCCCCAGCUCUGCACUCCUCAUCCUGAACCCCUUGCUUGUCACACUCAUCCUUUUCCUGGUGACCCCUCGUGAUAUCCUCCCCUCACUGAAACCCAAAUCCAGACCUCUCCCUGCAUCCUCUUGUCCAGGGUGCAACAGACAAUACCUCAGCCUUAUGGAGUGAAGCCAGAGCUCCAGAACCUUCCCAGAAACCCAGAGCAUAAAGGGCCAGGCAUCAGCCCAGGGUCCACAAGGGGGCUUCUUCCCUCCUGAGACACCCAAAGACUGGACUCUCAAGGCCUGGACAGAGGUGGGGAUGGGAAAGCAAUCCCCUGUCACCUUGCUGGGAAGGCCAGCUGAACUUUAACCCCAGGUACUCCCUUGCCUCACCCCAUGAUGCAUAAAGUCUG